CUGCGUGGAGGCCGUAGGUGGCGGAAGGAGAGAGGCAGCCCACCUGUCAACUGGCCUGGGGAAGCCGUGCUUUCGCGGCCACCCGGCGCCACACUUUCUCCGAACCCAGCAUGUAGGUGCCGGGCGGCUGCCAUGAACUCCGGAGCCAUGAGGAUCCACAGUAAAGGACAUUUCCAGGCAGGUGGAAUCCAAAUCAAAAAUGAAAAAAACAGACCAUCUUUGAAAUAUCUGAAAACUGAUAACAGACCAGAAAAAUCCAAAUAUAAACCACUUUGGGGAAAAGUAUUUUACCUUGAUUUACCUUCUGUCACCAUAUCUGAAAAACUACAAAAGGACAUUAAGGAUCUGGGAGGGCGAGUUGAAGAAUUUCUCAGCAAAGAUAUCAGUUAUCUUAUUUCAAAUAAGAAGGAAGCUAAAUUUGCACAAACCUUGGGUCAAAUAUCUCCUGUACCAAGUCCAGAAUCUGCAUAUACUGCAGAAACCACUUCACCUCAUCCCAGCCAUGAUGGAAGUUCAUUUAAGUCACCAGACACAGUGUGUUUAAGUAGAGGAAAAUUGUUAGUUGAAAAAGCUAUCAAGGACCAUGAUUUUAUUCCUUCAAAUAGUAUAUUAUCAAAUGCCUUAUCAUGGGGAGUAAAAAUUCUUCAUAUUGAUGACAUAAGAUACUACAUUGAACAAAAGAAAAAAGAGUUGUAUUUACUCAAGAAAUCAAGUACUUCAGUAAGAGAUGGGGGGAAAAGAAUUGGUACUGGUGCACAAAAAGCAAGAACAGAGACUCAAAAAGCCGUUCGUAAAAGUAGAAGAUAUCAGCCAAUGUUAUAGGCCAUUUUAUCUUCAGCUGACCAAUAUGCCUUUUAUAAAUUAUUCUAUUCAGAAGCCCUGCAGUCCAUUUGAUGUAGAAAAGCCAUCUAGUAUGCAAAAGCAAACUCAGGUGAAACUAAGAAUCCAAAUGGAUGGUGAUAAAUAUGGUGGAACCUCAGUUCAACUCCAGUUGAAAGAGAAGAAGAAAAAAGGAUAUUGUGAAUGUUGCUUGCAGAAAUACGAGGAUCUAGAAACUCACCUUCUAAGUGAGCAACACAGAAACUUUGCACAGAGUAACCGCUAUCAAGUUGUUGAUGAUAUUGUAUCUAAGUUAGUUUUUGACUUUGUGGAAUGUGAAAAGGACACACCUAAAAAGAAAAGAAUAAAAUACAAUGUUGGAUCCCUUUCACCUGUUUCUGCAAAUGCCCUGAAAAAGACUGAAGAAAAAGAAAAAGUGGAAUUGCAACAUACUCAGAAAGAUUGCUGGAAAGAUGAUAUACAGGCAGUGGAGCAGAAUUUCCUGUAUAGAGAGACCCAGGAAACAGAAAAAAAGCCUGUGUUUAUUUCAGAGCCUAACCCCCACCCUUCAAAUGAAUUGAGAGGGCUUAAUGAGAAAACGACCAAUAAAUGUUCUAUGUUAAAUACAGCUGGAAAUGACAUAAGACAGAAUUUUACACAGCUACCUCUACAUAAAAACAAACAGGAAUGCGUUCUUGACAUUUCUGAACACACAUUAAGUGAAAAUGACUUGGAAGUACUAAGGGUAGAUCACAAUCAGUGUAAUGUACAGACAUCUGCACAUGUUUCUGACUUCAAUACAGAUAGUGCAUCUCAACCAAAACAAAACUCAGAUACUUUGCUUUUUCCAGCAAAGGAUCUCAAGGAAAAGGACCUUCAUUCAGUAUUUGCUCAUGAUUCUUGCCUGAUAACCAUAAACAGUUCACAAGAGCACCUAACUGUUCAGGCAAAGGCUCCAUCCCAUACUUCUCCUGAGGAACCCAAUAAAUGUGACAUCAAGAAUAUGGAUAGUUUACCUUGUGGUAAAAUACAUCGAAAAGUGAAAAUAUUGUUAGGACGAAAUAGAAAAGAAAAUCUGGAACCAAAUGCUGAAUUUGAUAAAAGAACUGAAUUUAUUACCCAAGAAGAAAACAAAAUUUGUAGUUCACCGGUGCAGUCUUUACUAGACUUGUUUCAGACUAGUGAAGAGAAAUCAGAAUUUUUGGGUUUCACAAGCUACUCUGAAAACAGUAGUAUAUGCAAUGUUUUAGAUAUUUGGGAAGAGGAAAAUUCAAACAAUCUGUUGACAAUGUUCUUCUCUUCACCUUCAACUUCUACAUUUACUGGCUUUUAG